AUGAACGAGACGACGAUGAAUAUGCAGGAUGUGGAUGAUGAGGCAAAAAAUGAGAAUUUAGUAAGAGAUUAUUUAUUACAUCAACUUCAGUUGAAUUUAUUACAUGCGCAAUGGCAAGAUAAACCGAAUGCUGAACCUGUUGAAGAAUUAAUGGAAGCUAAAAGAACAAUGCAAGAAAUAGAAGAUGAUGUUGUGAAGAAAUUCACUGCUUUAAAUGAACAAUAUGAAUUAAUCAACAGCAAGUUGUACAAUAGAAUAAUAGAUCCAGAAAAAGUGCACGAAUUGGAAAACUAUCAAGAAAUGUUAAAAGAAAUUGAACGUCUAUCAGUUAAGCAUCAGACUAUUUUGAAUAAAUUUAAUGGAGAUGCAGAAGCAUGCUUAGCAGAUCAUCAGGUUCGAGCGGAGGAAAUGGAACAGCUUAAAAAUGAAAUUGAAAAUCAAAAGGAACUGAUUGCCACAUUAAAUGCUCAGAUCUCAUCAAUUAACUCUAAGUUGCUGUCGCCUUAA